AUGAAUAUCUUCACGAGAUAUCACCUUCCUCGGGUCGUAUCAGGUGUUAUAUUGCCGCUCUUCCUUUUCCAUCUUUUGCCUUACGUUACAUGUCAGCAAGAGUCGGUACCAACAAACAGCAUUAGACAAACCAAUCUCUCAGCUGACUCAAUAAUUGCAAUCGUUGUGCUUGCAAUAUUUAUAUCAUUAGGCAUGGUCUCUUGUUGCUUGCACUGCAUAUUCUAUAGGGAAGAGAUUGGGGCGGCAGGUCAAGAUGUAUUACACAGUAGAGCAAGGCGUGGGCUCGAGAAGGAAGUCAUCGAGUCUUUUCCAACUUUCCUUUAUUCAGAAGUUAAAGGGCUCAAGAUAGGCAAAGGCGGUGUAGAAUGUGCAAUUUGUCUGAGCGAGUUUGAGGAUCAAGAAACGCUACGUUGGAUGCCUCCUUGUAGCCACACUUUCCAUGCUAAUUGCAUCGAUGUGUGGCUCUCUUCUUGGUCCACAUGUCCGGUUUGUCGUGCAAAUCUGUCUCUCAAACCCGGUGAGAGUUAUCCAUAUCUGAACAUGGAUGUUGAAACGGGAGGUGUUCAAAAACUCCCCAAUGAGAGAAGCUUGACAGGUAAUAGUGUAACAACUAGAUCGAGAUCUACAGGGUUAUUGUCGAGCUGGCGUAUGGCUGAGAUAUUCGUCCCUAGAUCUCAUUCGACCGGACAUUCAUUGGUUCAACAACUAGGUGAAAAUCUAGACCGGUUCACAUUGCAAUUACCAGAGGAGGUACAAAGACAAUUAGUUAGCUUGAAUCUGAUAAGGAGAAGCCACAUAGUCUUACCUCAAGCCGUGAGUUCGAGGCAGGGCUACAGGAGCGGGAGCGUUGGGAGCGAGAGAGGUGGUUUCUCUCAGGGACGGCAAACGCACCGAAGGGCCUUAUCUAUGUCUUUCUCUUUCUCUUUCCAAACUGCUUCUGUUCGGUCAAUACAUGACAUGAAUGAUCAAGCCCAAGCUAAGGACAAAUAUUUUGGUGAACGGUCAUUUGAACGCCUUAUGCCAGAGGAGAAGGUCUAAUCUAUAUACUUUUGUUUCCCUUAUAUUGAAGAAGAUAAGUCACAAUGGUGUUGGUCAGUCACGCGUGCCACGGUUUGGUUUAAC